AUGUUGCAAACACUCGCCAUCUUCCUUGUUUCCAGUGCCGGUAGCGUCUUGGGAGCUGCCGUCAACCCUCACCCAUGGAUCCCUGCCGGUGCAGGUGAUGUGCGUUCACCAUGCCCGGCACUCAAUGCUCUCGCCAACCACGGCUUCUUGCCUCACAAUGGCCGUGGCAUGACCGUUCCUAUCCUGGUGCAGGGUCUGUCUGAGGGCCUCAACGUCAGCCCAGACUUCACGAUCGCCAUUGGCUCGUUGGGACUUACCGCUGGUAAGCGUCAAUUGGGUGCCUUUGACUUGGAUGAGUUGCAACAGCACAACUUCCCCAUCGAGCACGAUGCGUCCCUCUCAAGGCAGGACACCUACUUUGGUUCCGCCAACCCCUUCAACAAUGCGACAUGGCAGCAAUACCUCGCGUUCUUCAAAGACGCUGAAGUUGUCUCCAUCUCGGCUGCUUCAAACGGAAAAUACGCUCGUGUCAAGGACUCCCAGCAGAGGAACCCAACAUUCACGUAUGGCCCACAGCAGUUUGUGCUGAGUUACGGUGAGGUGGCACUCUACCAAUCUGUGCUCGGCAAUCCAUUGACUGGAACGCCCAAGACUAGCUAUGUCCGCACCUUCUUCGAGCAGGAGAGGCUUCCAUAUGAGGAAGGAUGGACCAAGUCGCUCAUUCCUACAACCCUCCCUUCGCUUGUGGCCUUGGUGCUUCAGCUGAAUGCUGCAAAUGGCGAGGCUAUCCCCGAAGGUGUGGUCUUGACGACAAAUACAUUGAAGAAUGCCUUCUCGGGUCUUAGUGUGCUGACUGGACUCCCUAUUGUUGGACCUGUUGUUGGAGAACUUCUCGGCGCAUAA